AUGAGCGUUGCGCUUCGCGUGCCGCUGCGGGCUUUCGCAAGUCCCGCCUCAGUUAGCCGACGAAAAGCGAUCGCGACUACUUCGCUCGGUUUACUUGCGAACUCGACCUCUUGCCCAUUGCCUCAACCCAGUACGAAAUCCGCGGCAGAAUGGAACCUUUCCAAUUAUAGCAAAGCUUCGGUCUCUCGGCUGUCAAGGAGAGGGUUUGCUACACAGUCAUCGCCCCUUCUGUCAGAGUAUAAGGUCGUGGAACCUGGACAUGCCUCUGGAUCGAAAUCGCAAAAGGCCAAGCCGAAGAGCAAUGCGCUUAAGUACUUGGCUGCUAUUGGUGUUGUCGGUAUAAUUGCUGUAACCCUCUCGGACUCAGCACACCAUGUGUAUCAAGCAGCCAGGCGGAGUGGCCGUGUUGUUGGCGCUCUGGCUGUCUGCAUCAACGACUACCGCGUGACCCUGAACACGGAAACUUCGUCUCCUGAAGAAAAGGAUGCCUUACUUCGCGCUUGCCACAAACGCUGUGCCGAACGUACUCUGCACGUUCUCGAGAAAAACGGAUCAAUUUUCAUUAAACUGGGCCAGCACCUGAGUAGCAUGGGAUACCUGUUGCCUAAUGAAUGGGUUACAACGUUUGUCCCGCUCCAAGAUCGGUGCCCUGUGUCUUCGAUCGAAUCCAUCAGAGAAAUGUUCGUCCAGGAUACUGGUCAGACAAUCGACGAGCUCUUUUCAUCAUUCGAGCCUCUGCCUACCGGUGCUGCGUCGCUGGCCCAGGUGCACAUUGCCACAUUGAAGGAAACUGGACAGAAGGUUGCGGUCAAGGUCCAGCACCCGGCACUUGCGGAAUGGGUGCCGUUGGAUCUUGCAUUGACUCGCUUCACAUUCUCGAUGCUCAAGAAGUUCUUUCCGGAAUACGACCUUGAAUGGCUCUCGCGCGAGAUGGAUUUGUCUCUCCCCAUGGAGCUGGAUUUCCGUAUGGAGGCGCAGAACGCCACCGAGGCCAGCCAGUACUUCAAGAAACACUCCGAUGCCCCACUCGUCAUCCCCGAUGUGAUGUGGUCUCAAAAGCGUAUUCUGGUGAUGGAGUUUAUCGCCGGCCGACGCCCAGACGACCUCGAGUUUCUCGAAGCCAACAACAUCGACCGUGAUGAGGUCUCUGCCGCCUUUGCCCACAUCUUCAACCAGAUGAUUUUUGGUGAUAAUGCCCCUUUGCACUGUGACCCGCACGGCGGUAACAUCGCCAUUCGUCCGAACUCUACUCGCAAACACCCCAACUUCGAUAUCAUCUUGUAUGAUCACGGUCUUUACCGCAAAAUCCCCCAGGAUCUACGUCGGAAUUAUGCCAAGCUUUGGCUGGCUGUGAUCGAUGCGGAUAUUCCUCGAAUGCGCGAAUAUGCCCACAAGGUGGCUGGUAUUACAGACGAACAAUUCCCUCUUUUCGCUAGCGCCAUUACCGGUCGUGACUAUAGUGUCCUGACGAAGAAAAGUGUAGCCUCGGCGCGUACUGCUGAAGAAAAGCAAGAAAUUUCCGAGGCGCUGGGCGAGGGUAUGCUGCAGCAGUUGGUAGAGAUGCUUGGUCAAGUUCCACGGAUCAUCCUGCUGAUUCUGAAGACGAAUGAUCUCACCCGCAGUCUUGACGAGAACCUGCACACCCGCCACGGUCCCGUGCGCACCUUCUUGAUUCUGGCACGGUAUGCCGCUCGCACAGUCUUUGAAGAACAAAUCGAGACUAUCCGGACAUCUGGAGGCGUUUUCGCGAACCUUUUCAGAUACCUGUCUGCCUGGGCCAGCUUUCUGCGCGUCGAGGCCAAGCUAUCCAUCUACGAGACCGUGCUUACACUGAAGACUCGACUCGGAAUGCGAACUGCUUGA